GUAUAUAAAAUCCUCCGGUGCAGGCUGUAAGUAUCGUAGCAGAAGAAGGAUAAAAAUGAGAACCGUAUUCCCGUGGGUCCUGCUGGCCCUGCUGUGUCACCAAGCUGUGGUUCGCAGCCACGUAGUGGGGACGCUGUCUUCUAACGGGGACCUGGCUCGGCUCAAGUCUCUUCUGGAGCGUUUUGAGGAGAGUCUGGCCGGAGCAGCCCAGGAGGAGUACUCGGAUUACGAGGGGCCGAACCAGGAGACGGAGCGAGGCCAGGCCGGCCGAGGAUGGAGCCCGGAGCAGGAGGGCAACAAGGAAGCGUUCGCGUCCUCGGAGAGAGCGGCAGCGCCGCCGCCGCCGGCUGAGGGCCUCAGCAGGACCGCGAGUCAGAGGAGCCGCCUGCAGGACCUGCUGAUGGGGGCCAGGAAACGGGCCUCGGGCUGCUUCGGAGCCCGCAUGGAUAGAAUAGGCAACGCCAGCGGUCUGGGAUGCAACAGUGGCAGAGGUUAAUCCGACCGUCUCCUGGAUCCUGGUAGAACCUCAGAUGCAACAGGAGAGAUCGGAAAACUGGAUGUUUUUUUUUGUUGUUGUUGUUGUUUUCCUUGUCAUUACAGACAUAUUCAACUUUUGUGUAUUUCUCGUGUGCCCUUCUUUCUGUGUAUGGACGACAAAUCGUUUUAUCUGUUAUAUUCAACCAUGUGAUGAAUUUUCACCUUGAAGUGAAUGAGUUAAGUGGAAACUAGAACUGCAUGUGGGUUGGUGUCAAACAUAAAUAAACACAUUUUUAAUAUGAAAAA